UGUACCUCACACACUCUCAGCCUCUGCUGCGCAUCAUUUAAGGGGAGCCCGGCUGUCGCUUUCUCCGGUCAGUCUCGCCGUCUAUGCUGCGUAAUAUCAACACGACCGCUCGCUUUUACGCUCCUCCACCACUCUUUCUUUCCUUUUUCUCUGCCUCUAAAGCCAAUCGGUCAACUUUAAGCUCCUCGCACCAGCUUUAUAUGGAAAGUACGGAUCUGCAGGGCGCAUUUAUUCUCUCCCAUACCCGAGAGAAAGCGCACGGAGGAAAACGGUUGAGGACUAAAUGAAAGCAGCCGUGAUUCAUGGACGUACCUCGCAUCAUGAGACUACUACAACUGCCAACAAGGGAGGACCUGGCAUGAACCGCUGUGUCUAAAUGAAGUGGUUCAGCCAUGCAAUGUUCCUGGAAGGCAGUGAUUCUGCUGGCUUUGGCCUCCAUUGCCAUCCAGUACACAGCCAUCCGGACGCUCACCUCCAAGCCUUUCCAGCUGUGCCCACUGCCCAGCCCCCAGAACUGUGGUCUGGGGGGCCAGGAGACAGAUCCCCCCUUUGAGCGCGGCGCGGCCGGCGUUGGAGGCUGCGACGACUACCCUUACUUUCCCAUCAAUGCCACGCGCAAAACGCACAUCCUGGUGUUAGCCACCACCCGCAGCGGAUCCUCAUUUGUUGGCCAGCUGCUCAACCAGCACCAGGAGGUGUUCUACCUGUUUGAGCCUCUUUAUCAUGUUCAGACCACACUGAUUCCACGUCUGUCACACAGCCGUAAUGCCGCGGACCGGCGUGUGAUGCUCGGCGCCAGCAGAGACCUCCUGCGCAGCCUGUACGGUUGUGACCUCUACUUCCUGGAGAGCUACAUCAAACCUACGCCCACCAAUCACACCACUGAUAAGCUGUUCCGCCGCGGUGCCAGCCGAGCGUUGUGCCAGCAACCUGUAUGUGAUGCCUUUGGUCCUGCUGACGUGAAUGUGGAGGAAGGGGAUUGUGUUAAGAAGUGUGCUACUCUAAACAUGACCUUGGCGACGGAGGCUUGCCGGGAGAAACGGCAUGUGGCGAUUAAAAUUGUGCGGGUGCCUGAGAUCGGAGACCUACGUGCUUUGGUGGAGGACCCGCGGCUGAACAUCAAAGUGAUUCAACUCGUCAGAGACCCACGUGGCAUCCUGUCAUCCAGGAUCGAGACAUUCAGGGAUACGUAUCGCCUGUGGCGCAUUUGGCGGGCCACAGGGCGAAGACCCUAUAAUUUAGACUUAAGUCAGCUUACAGUUGUGUGUGAAGACUUUCUAAGUUCUGUGUCAACCGGUCUGAGCCAUCCCUAUUGGCUGAAAGGGAAAUACAUGCUGGUUCGCUAUGAGGAUUUAGCCAGGAAUCCACUUGUAAAGACGAAGGAGAUCUAUGAUUACCUGGGGCUGGCUAUGGAUAAAAACGUGGAAGACUGGAUACAUGCAAACACUCGGGGCAGCAAUGAGCCCUCAGCAAAACACAAGUUUGGUACAGUGAGGGACUCGGCAGCUAACGCGGAGAGCUGGCGUUUGAAACUGUCUCAUGACAUGGUCGAAUACACACAGACUGUGUGUCAGAAAGUACUCCACCAGCUGGGAUACAAGGCUGUGAGAUCAGUGGAGGAACUGAAAAACAUGUCCCUCUCACUGGUACAGGACAAAACUUUUGUACCUUUUUUGUAACAAAGAUAGUUCUCUAACGACUAUUUUUGAUAUAUUUAUAAUUGUUGCCUUAUUAUUUCCAUAGUUUGUUGUUUUUUUUUUGUUUCUGUAAUUUUGUUUUUUUCUUCAAAUUUGCACUAAAUUUUAAAUCUUUUGAAUGCACCGAGGGACCUAUGGAUGAUUCCCUUUUGUUGCAGAACAGCACACUUUCAACACGAAGUAAGCUAGUUUACAAAUGUUGCAUUAUUUAGUUUCUUUUUUCAUGAGUAAAACCAAUACAAGGCACUGUCUUCAUAGAUUUCCCGUAUGCAAGCUACUGUCUCAACAAAACUCAAAUGUUGCUCAUCAUACACACAAGAUUUGGGGUAUGGAGAGGUUUUUUUGGUAAAGCAGAUGUGUGUUUGUUUUUUUUCUUUUCGACCUGUGAUGGCAAAAUUGGACUGUACAAGCCCUACUGUGCAAUAAAUAGUGAAUGUCGCAGUCAACCUUUACCACUAUGGAAUUUCUGUUCGUGGGGGAAGUGAAGAAUUACUUCUGACAGAUGCUACACUUGCCGAGGAUAAUUGCAGACAAUUAAUAGGCUCUCAAGUUUAAGGGACAGAAUCCCACUGGAUGUCACAAGUGUUUCAUCAGAGUAUUUACAGCCAUCUGUGAUAGCAAAACACACACUAAUGAGAGGUAAUAUGGAAAUCUUCAUGACUCCAGCUAUUUUGGGAAAACGUCACAUUUGUCAAGAUGAUUACUAAAUUAAAAACGUGGAUGUAGA